AUGUUGGUAAAGAAAGAGCCAAGACCAGAGUCCAUUAUAAUCUACCGCACAGGAAGCGAGAGAGUGGAAGAAGAUCAGCAUGACCCAGACACCACAGCCAAGAACACAGAGGAGCAGACUAACUUUCUGUGUCCUCCCAGUGUAGAAGGUGGCUGGAGCGUACCUACUGACAGCAGAUAUGUAACACUAACUGGCACAAUCACCCGUGGCAAGAAGAAGGGGCAGAUGGUGGACAUCCACGUAACGCUAACUGAGAAAGAGCUCCAGGAACUAGCCAAGUCAAAGGAGCCCCUACAGCCUGAAGAAAAAGGCACAAAAAAAGCAUGUGAUGUAGGGUUGCAUAGAGGUCCUCAUGUUGUCAUAUGGAGCCUUGUGUGCGCUCCAGUGGUCUUUGUGUUGUCCUUUGUCAUGUCCUUUUAUUAUGGAACCAUUACCUGGUAUAACAUUUUCUUGGUUUACAAUGAGGAACGGUCCUUCUGGCAUAAGAUUACAAUUUGCCCCUUUCUGAUUAUUUUUUACCCAGUGCUAAUUGUAGCAAUGUCUGUGUCCCUUGCUGUGUACACAACCGUGACACAGAUAUCCUGGUCAUUUGGUGAGUGGUGGCAAGCAGUGCGAGACUUGGAGAAAGGUUUCUGUGGCUGGUUGUCUGGGAAACUUGGUCUGGAGGAUUGUUCCCCGUACAGCAUUGUGGAGCUGCUGGAUUCUGACAAUGUUUCAGGUAGUCUGUCCUGUAAGGCAGCACCAGCAGGGGAGCAGACAUCUGCUGUUUAAAGAAUAUUGAUCCAGAGAGAAAGCACCUGACCGAAGAAACUGCUUAGGAUUUUGAAAUGAAAUGAAGUUUUGCGUGAAUUUACUCUGCCCCUGUAAUGUUGUUUGACUUUGUAGUAUUCAGAUGCACGUAACUAACGUCUGCUUUUAGGAAGAAAUUUAAGCUGUUUAGAUCAAUAAGCAUAACCAUGUAAGACUCGUGUCUCUGCUAAUGCAUGGGAGGCUUGUUUGCCUUUUGCCAGUUCCCACUAUUACUUAGUUCCUGGAGCUAGAAUACCCAAGUUUGAAUUAUCUCACACUCAAUGCAGGGUCUGACCCUACUGUAGUGCAAGAGGCUACAAAUAAUGGUAUCAGGUCAAAUGGAGAAGAAUUGCUAUUUAACUUAUUUAUUUAUUUUAAUGUCUGAAGGUGCUGGCCUGUGCUUUCCCUGCAAAACUGUUAGUUUAUUUUUUAAUGGAGUAGCUUAUUUGCAAACACUAAAAGGCUACUAAAGGUUUAGGGUAUAUUAGCAGGGUUUACUACAGUAUUGUUUUUAAAUGAGCCAUGAAUAUACUGCUAAGUAACUGCCUAUGCUAAUUAUACUUCAACUGUGUUAAAGGCCUAAUCGAAGAGAAAUCGUGACUGCUGGGAUGUAAUUUUUUUCUAUGGUUAAAUCCAACAUGACGACAAAAGAUAAUGCGGCAAUUCACCAUAGACUUUAAUAUUUCAGGGGAUCUUAAGGCCUUGAGGCACCAUUUAACAUUUAGUUAAUUUAAAGCUUAUCACAUUCAUAAUACUAGAUCAUAGAAUAAAGAUAAUUUACAUCAUUUCUGUAGAAUAUUCACUCUUCAAUCAUUAAAGCUAUAAAAGAGUUUAAUUUAAUAAUGUAACUGAAUACCUUUCCAUGUCCAGAUUGAACCAGGUCAAUUUUCCUAUGCUACAAAUUUUGGCCUUGCAUCAAACACACCACUUGGUGGUCAUAAGUAUGCGACUUCUCAAUUAGUACAAACUGGUGGGAGCAAUUUGUUUAGCUCCUAUAGUGCUCUGGUUCCACGUCCAGUUUGGCACCAGCAGGUUGUCACAUUUAAUCAUUCCUGCAUCUUCAUUAAGUACUGUCUUUUGACUUUAAACCCACUAAUCUAUCCUUGUCUGUACCGAGCUAUCUGAUUUUAUAUCAUUCAGUGUUUCAAAGAAAACAAUCCCAGUCUAUUCAAUUUUUCUUCUUGACUAAAACCCUCCCAGCCAGAAAACAUCUUGAUAAAUCUCUUCUGCACCCUCUCCAAUGCAAUUGCAUAACUCCAGUAACAUAGAUUCUAGAACUGUGUAUAAUUCUCUAGCUGUGCCCAAAAUCAAUGUUUUAUACAAUUCUAGUGUCACUUCCCUGCUCUUAAAUGCUAUGCCUGGACCUGUAAAAGCGAGUAUCUCAUGCUGCCUUAACCACUUUGUCAAUCAGUCCCACUGGGGCCAGUGAACAUGAACACCAGGAUCCCUUUGAUACUCAGUAUUUCCCAGUGUCCUACCAUUUGUAACACAUUCCCUUGCCUUAUUUGCCUGCCCAGGGGAAUUGACUCACACUAAAUAGGAUUGAAUUCCAUUUGCCACUGAUCCACCCAUCUGACCAGCCAGGCAAAAGUGAAGAUUGCAGAUGCUGGAGAUUAGAAUCAAGAUUAGAG